GAGCGAGAUCAUGCCCUGGGCCACCAGGAGCCCCACUGGAAGGAGUUCCGCUUUGACCUGACCCAGAUCCCGGAUGGGGAGGCGGUCACAGCUGCGGAGUUCCGGAUUUACAAGGUGCCCAGCAUCCACCUGCUCAACAGGACCCUCCACGUCAGCAUGUUCCAGGUGGUCCAGGAGCAGUCCAACAGGGAGUCUGACUUGUUCUUUUUGGAUCUUCAGACGCUCCGAGCUGGGGACGAGGGCUGGCUGGUGCUGGACGUCACAGCAGCCAGUGACCGCUGGUUGCUGAAGCGUCACAAGGACCUGGGACUCCGCCUCUAUGUGGAGACUGAGGACGGGCACAGCGUGGAUCCUGGUCUGGCCGGCCUGCUGGGUCAACGGGCCCCGCGCUCCCGACAGCCUUUCGUGGUUACUUUCUUCAUGGCCAGUCCGAGUCCCAUCCGCACCCCUCGGGCAGUGAGGCCACUGAGGAGGAGGCAGCCGAAGAAAACCAACGAGCUGCCGCAGGCCAACCGACUCCCAGGGAUCUUUGAUGACGUCCACGGCUCCCACGGGCGGCAGGUCUGCCGUCGGCACGAGCUCUACGUCAGCUUCCAGGACCUUGGCUGGCUGGACUGGGUCAUUGCCCCCCAAGGCUACUCGGCCUAUUACUGUGAGGGGGAGUGCUCCUUCCCGCUGGACUCCUGCAUGAACGCCACCAACCACGCCAUCCUGCAGUCCCUGGUGCACCUGAUGAAGCCAGACGCGGUCCCCAAGGCAUGCUGCGCGCCCACCAAGCUAAGCGCCACCUCUGUGCUCUACUAUGACAGCAGCAACAACGUCAUCCUGCGCAAGCACCGCAACAUGGUGGUCAAGGCCUGUGGCUGCCACUGAGCCCACCCACCCGCCCGGCCCUGCUACAGCCGCCCUUCUCAUCCGAAUCGGGCCCCGCAGAGGCAGAAAACCCUUAAA